AUGCCGCCCAGCAGCAAGAAAAAGAAGAAGCCCGCCUCCAAUCCGGCUCGAGGCUUUGCGACAGUUUCUAUGCCCUCAAAGCCUAAGCCAGAGGCAAUAUCAACACCUCCUCCAGUCACCGAAGAAUCAAAAGUCACGCCGGAAAACGAGCCGCAACCUGAACGCACUGCAGAUGCCGCCGCACCACAAACGACCACCUCGUUACAAGAUUACACACCGGAGGAGCUAGAAAAGCAUUUUGAAGAAGCAGAGCUCCAGAUUCUGGUUGAUAAAUACGCCGUCAAGUGUAAAAAUGACGCAGCGCGCCAGGCCACCAAGCUGGAGAACGAACGCCGCGUUUUCCGACAGCAAUCAGUAACAUUGAACCUUCUGGAGUGGUUACCGACAGAUAUUCAAGACAGUAUUCUCGAACUGGCCGGUACCGAAGAGCAUGACUAUCUUAUAGCAAGUGGACGGAUCACAAGUUCAAAACAGGCUGGCUCCGAGGAGGAACUAUACAACAAACUUUGGACUUUGAAGGAAACACUGCUCAAACUCGACUUCCCAGAAAACCGCGUCGAGGAUGCACUGAAGCAUGUUUUGCAAUAUUUUGCUGGUAACUCAACCAGUGCUGGUCGAGAUGUUGUGUGGAAUCUGGAGGAAGCAAUGGAAUGGUUGGCUACGCACAGUGAUAAGAACGAAUUGCCCUCUUACACACAGACAAAUACUCGCCAACUGAAAGACGCGGAUAGUGUCACCUCAUGGAUGACAGAAUCCAAGGCUUCAGGGACUUCAACUCCUGUUUCAUCCCAAAAUCGAAGCAAGCAAGGAAACAAGAAGGCUGACUGGAAGGCAGCAAAGGUUGCUCCUCCUAUUUCAUACGACUCGGACAGCUCAGUCGACCCAGAUAUCAUGGUUCCCGAAUGGCUAGAGCUACAGACUCAACUUUAUAGCCUGGAGCCAGAUCUUUUCGAUCGCCCCGGAAAGGGCAAGAAGGGUCGAGGCGGCGCUGGCAAUCUGUCAGAUGACCCUGAAACCUCUAAACUGCAGCGGAAGAUUGCCAAGAUCGAACGUGAUGUCCUUUUCGAACGCCGAGAAGCAGAGUACAUAUGGGAGCAAAAGCUUGACGAGCUCAGAAAGGAUGCUUCAUUUAUUCGGCGCCCGGUGGACAGAAAGAAAAAGCCUCCGACCGAUGCAGGAGAUCAGCCAAAGCCCGAGAUCAACGAAGAGCUAGACCCGGAGCUCCUUACGAUCGAUGGGAUGGAGGAUGCCCUUGGGGACUUGUUCCAAGCCGAGGCUGAGGAUUCAGGCUCGAUUUUAGGUAUCCCUCCAGAGAUCCAGACCCCGUUCACACUCCGCGACUUUGGGAAAUCGACAGGUCUGAGCCCACGGCGAGUCUUGGAAGAGACUUGUAAAUCAAGAGAUUCAUCUUGCGUGGUUGUCUACCAGGAUUUCUCCUCUUCAAUUCAUUCGAAUAGGAAGGCUCUCGAGGUGCGAUGGUCGAAGCCCCAAGAAGCCCCAUUCCCGUUAGCAGUGGAAUCGAUUACACACAAGUCGAAUGCCUUGGCUACUUUUGUGUCAAUGGAUGGCAUUACCACACCGAAUGCCCAGCAGGCUGAGGGAUACGUGUCGACUCUGGCUUUGUUCAUAUUGUUCCCCCAGAAUUCCAAGGAGGGCAAGGCUUACCUACGGUUGCCAGCGGUUUGGAGAGAACUCUGGACUGAGUUCGCAACGCUGCAGAAGGCCCAGCAGGAUGAAGUCGACAAAAAUACUGUGAAAGAGUUGAAGCGUCUAAUCCAAGAGAACCAAGGCACCUUCGAAGAUGAUGUCGUUCUAUCUGACAACUUCCGGAAGAGGAACGGCGUUGCUAGCAAGCCGGGCGCCCCGAUGAAAGGGUCUGCGCGUGACAAUUACUCGGGUAUCGAUGACCGCUCGAAAGAAGCAUGGAUGGCUAAAUCGUCGACGCCCUCCUAUCACCGCAUGAUGCAGGGUAGAAUGAACCUCCCAAUCUGGGCCUUUAAAGACGAGAUCCUGAGCACGCUCGAUGAUCACCGAGCUCUGAUCAUUUGCAGUGAAACAGGUAGUGGAAAGAGUACACAGAUUCCGUCAUUCAUUCUCGAGCAUGAGAUGAUCCAAGGCCGACCAUGCAAGAUCUAUGUGACCGAGCCCCGUCGUAUCUCUGCAAUCUCGCUUGCUCGACGUGUUAGCGAAGAGCUUGGAGAGAGCAAGAAUGAAGUGGGCACGAAUAGGUCCCUCAUUGGAUUUGCGGUACGAUUGGAAAGCAAGUUCACUCAAUCCACGCCAUUGAUAUACGCUACCACGGGAGUGGUUGUACGAAUGCUCGAACGGCCCGAUGACUUCCAAGAUAUCACUCAUGUAGUUCUUGAUGAGGUUCACGAGCGCACUAUCGACAGUGACUUCCUUCUGAUCGUGCUCCGACGACUCAUGCAGAAGCGGCCUGACCUAAAACUCAUCCUCAUGUCUGCCACCCUUGAUGCGCAGCGUUUCUCGAACUAUCUCGGCGGGGUACCAGUUUUGAACAUCCCAGGGCGAACUUUCCCAGUGGAAAUGAAGUACCUGGAGGAUGCGGUCGAGAUGACCAACUACCGUUUGUCGGAGGAUGUCCAGCACACAGUCCUCGACGAUGAUAUGGAUGACCCACCCACGGAUGCUGACACCACAGGAGGUCUCCAAGCCAGUCUUGAUGGGUACUCUAGACAGACCAAGGAGACUAUCAUCAACAUCGAUGAGUACAGACUAGACUACGACCUGAUCAAGAGGUUGCUUCUGAAGAUUGCUACGGCCCCGGAGAUGACUCACUACAGCAAGGCGAUCUUGAUCUUCAUGCCUGGACUGGCGGAAAUCCGUCGACUAAACGACGAGAUCCUGUCCGAGCCAAUGUUCCAGAGGGGCUGGAUUGUGCAUACGCUUCACUCCUCAAUUGCCAGUGAAGACCAAGAAAAGGCUUUUAACAUACCCCCGGAAGGCAUACGAAAGAUCGUUAUUGCAACGAACAUUGCGGAAACAGGUAUCACCAUCCCAGAUAUCACUGCUGUGGUCGACGCAGGAAAGGAGAAGAUCAUGCGCUUCGAUGAGAGACGUCAAUUAUCCCGUCUUGUUGAGUCAUUCAUCUCGCGUGCGAACGCUAAACAGCGUCGUGGUCGUGCUGGACGUGUCCAGAACGGUAUCUGCUUCCACUUGUUCACUAGACACCGCCAUGAAAAGUUGCUUUCGGAACAGCAAACCCCUGAAUUACUGCGCCUUUCUUUGCAGGAUCUAGUGCUUCGUGUGAAGAUCUGCAAAUUGGGAGAAGUGGAGCAGACACUCCUCGAAGCUCUUGACCCGCCGUCGUCUAAAAACAUUCGCCGCGCCAUUGAUUCAUUGAAGGAAGUUAAAGCACUGACCAGCAACGAGAGCCUAACCUCUCUGGGAACACAACUGGCCAAAUUGCCGCUGGAUGUGUUCCUCGGCAAAAUGAUCAUUCAUGGAGCCUUCUUCCGGUGCUUGGAUGCGACUGUCAGCAUUGCUGCCAUCCUUUCUUCCAAAUCGCCAUUUGUGAAUACAAUCGGAUCCAAUUCACAACGCGAUGGUGCACGGGCGUCUUUCCGAAGAGGUGACUCGGAUCUCUUGACCGUAUACAACGCAUAUUGCAGCUGGAGACGUACGAGAAGCACACCGGGGUCCAAUGAGUAUUCUUUCUGCCGAAAGAACUUCCUCAGCGCCCAGACAUUGCUGGCAAUCGAGGAUAUCAAAAUGCAACUGGUAGUGUCAAUUGCCGACGCAGGUCUUCUGACCCUAGAUACAUCACAGAAAGCGGCCCUUAACCGUGCGCGUUCCAACAGCCGAAACCGCCAAUUCUUCAUCAUCCCUGAAGACUUCGAUGUCAACAGUGACAACGAUGUUGUGAUCAACUCGGUCAUCGCCUGGAGUUUCUACCCUAAGCUUCUGACGCGCGAAGGCAAGGGCUGGCGCAACGUUGGCAACAACCAGACAGUCACACUACCUGCGGUUUCUGUCAACAAGAGGGCGGACUCGUCCGUCAAGUGGCUGUCAUACUACAGCAUCAUGGCACGUGCCCGCAACCUCAACGCGCAUGAUACCAGCGCAGUGGAUGAUUUUGCCAUAGCCUUACUGUGUGGUGAUGCUGAGUUCAAGAUGUAUUCUGGUGUCGUCUCCAUUGACGCAAACCGUAUUCGAUUCGCUGUGCGAGAUUGGAAGUCUAUGCUAGCCUUGAAAAUUCUCAACAGCCGCCUGCGCGAGAUCCUUUCGAACACUUUCCGCAACCCCCACCGUCAGUUGUCAUAUAAGCAUCAGCAGUGGAUCGACAUUUGGCAACAGAUCUUUGCUCAAGCUGGUAAAAGAUGA